AUGUACAAGGAGAGAGCAAAGAAGAGUAGAAGUGUCAUGCUCUACACUUUUGGUACCGUCAUCAUCGCCAUCGGCGUCACCUACGCCGCUGUCCCUCUCUACCGCGCUUUCUGUGGUGCCACUGGUUUCGGAGGAACCCCCAUGACAGACUCGUCCCGAUUCACCCCGGACCGACUCUACGUUACCCCCGAGACUGCCGACCGCAAGCGUAUCACUGUGCAUUUCCAGUGCCAGUCCGCUGAGGCUCUGUCUUGGAAGUUUGAGCCAGUGACGAAGAGUGUCAAGGUGCUGCCUGGAGAGACGGCGUUGGCGUUCUACAAGGCGAGAAACUAUGGAGAUAAGGACCUUAUUGGUAUCGCCACUUAUAAUAUCACACCCGAGAAGCUUGCUCCCUACUUUGCCAAAGUCGAGUGUUUCUGUUUCGAAGAACAGAAAAUCAGAGCCGGGGAGGAAGUCGAUCUUCCAGUGUUCUUUUUCAUCGACCGUGAUCUCGUGGACGAGCCUGCCCUCGAUAACCUUGACGACGUGGUACUCAACUAUACCUUCUUCCGGGCGAGAAGGAACGACAUGGGCCACGCCGUCCCCGAUGCUCCAGAGGACGUUAUCCAAAAGUCUCAAGGAUGGGAGAACGUACCACUUGCCAAGAAGGCAGAAUAG